GAGCUGACUCUCGGCUCUGUCAGAGGAGGAACACUUUAACUUUCAAUUUCGAUUUAACUCAGGAAAACAUGGAGUCCGUCUGAUGCAUGACUGUACAAUUCAUUGCUAAAUCAAACCGGUAGAAAACAGUUUUAAGGAACAGUAAAGAAGGUUUCGACGACAAGAAGACAACAUAAACCGGGACUUUACGCUCCGGUUACCUCUGGUGUCACCGUGACUUCCCUGACCGACAGACACGGUCGUUGUUGUCGUUACCGAAGCCUCUGCAGCGCUUCAUCAUGCUGGAAGAAACAGGGCCAGAGUGGUUAUCAGAGGAGGUGAAAACAGGAACUACCAUCAUCGCCAUCGAGUAUAAUGGAGGGGUCGUGUUGGGGUCUGAUUCCCGGGUGUCUGCAGGGGCAUCAGUGGUGAACAGGGUGAUGAACAAGCUGUCCCCACUCCAUGACAAGAUCUACUGUGCUCUGUCCGGCUCUGCAGCAGAUGCUCAGACCAUCGCUGAGAUGGUCAACUACCACCUCGAUGUUCACAGCAUUGAGAUAGGUGAGGACCCCCAGGUUCGCUCAGCUGCCACUCUGGUGAGAAACAUCUCAUACAAGUACAAGGAGGAGCUGUCAGCACAUCUCAUCGUGGCCGGAUGGGACAGAAGAAAUAAAGGACAGGUGUUUGCAACCCUGAAUGGUCUCCUGACAAGACAGCCCUUUGCAGUCGGUGGCUCUGGCAGCUCAUAUGUUUAUGGCUUUGUUGAUGCAGAGUAUCGCAAGGGAAUGAGCAAGGAGGAGUGCCAGCAGUUUGUUGUCAGCACUCUCUCUUUGGCAAUGAACCGUGACGGCUCCAGUGGUGGUGUGGCCUAUCUUGUCACCAUUGAUGAACACAGCGCAGAGGAGAAAGUCAUUCUAGGAAAUGACUUACCCACCUUCUUUGAUCAGUGAUCAAUAUAUAAACAUAUAUUAAUUAUAGUCUGCCAAGACACUGUUGUGCAGGAUGCAAUUAAAUAUGUGUGUUGCUCACAAUAACCAUCAUUUUGUUUCACCAGCAUACUUUUACUACUAAUUUGAUCGUUGACAUUUAAUUUACUGCAUUGUUCUAUAAUUCCCAAAGCUAUUUCAGGUGUAACAGUGGGUAGCCUUUGUGUUAGUGUAAUAUAAAAGCUGCUAGCAGCCUCAGAUCAUCAGCUGAUCAAGGUUGUGACUCAGUAACAGACUUUAAAAUAUAACCAAGGCUACCACGUGACAAUACCACUACUACACUGAGUGGCAGAGUAAAUAAAAGUAAAUGUACCUUGACAAAGCCUGAACUCAUGCCAUUCCUUUAGCCAGACAUCAUUUAAAGUCUGAUUAAAUGCACAUGCAUUUUGAAUAUGAAUGUAUAUCAUGGUUGAUACAUUUGGAAUGAGACACACACGUCAUUUAAUGUUAAAUUUAAAUAAAAUCCCUGUGUUAAAAAGUU